GUCAUCAGAUCACGUCGAUUCCUCCUUUCUUCCCGGCCCUGGUGAGGUACGGGAAGCCGGAAGGGCCGGGAACAUAGCUCCGCCUUUGGCGCGACUACCCGACGGGAGGGCUGGGGUAGUAACUUGUAGAUGGACUGGGUAGUCGGCCAGUGAGCAGCAUGGAGGCGCCCUGGGGGAUCGUGGACGCUGAGCCCGGCUGGUUUGUCUCUGCCAGGCAGCCCGAAGAGGCGGAGGCGAAAGAGUUGAGCCCGUUGCUUAGCAACGAACUUCACAGACAGGGAUCCCCAGGUGUUUCAUUUGGUUUCUCAGUGUUUAAUUUGAUGAAUGCCAUCAUAGGAAGUGGCAUCCUUGGCUUAGCUUAUGUUAUGGCUCAUACUGGUAUCCUUGGAUUUAGUUUCUUGCUGCUGAUAGUCGCUCUCCUGGCUUCUUACUCAGUUCAUCUCCUGCUUAGUUUGUGUAUUCAGAGAGCUGUGACAUCUUAUGAAGAUCUUGGACUCUUUGCAUUUGGAUUACCUGGAAAGGUGGUGGUAGCAGGCACCAUAAUAAUUCAGAAUACUGGAGCUAUGUCAUCUUAUCUUUUAAUUAUUAAAACAGAGCUUCCUGCUGCUAUUUCAGAAUUUUUGUCUGGAGACCAUAGUGGGUCUUGGUAUCUUGAUGGAGAAGCACUGCUAAUAAUCAUCUGUGUUGCCAUUGUGUUCCCUCUUACACUUCUUCCUAAAAUAGGCUUUCUUGGCUACACAAGUAGUUUAUCAUUUUUCUUUAUGGUGCUCUUUGCUCUUGUGAUAAUAAUCAAAAAAUGGUCCAUCCCUUGUCCUCUGACAUUAAAUUCUGUAGAGCAAUACUUGCAGAUCUCAAAUGCUACAGAUGAUUGUAAACCAAAGCUCUUUCAUUUCUCCAAAGAGAGUGCUUAUGCCAUACCAACCAUGGCUUUUUCAUUUCUCUGCCACACCUCAAUAUUGCCCAUAUACUGUGAACUUCAAAGACCUUCUAAGAAAAGGAUGCAGAAUGUAACCAAUACAGCAAUUGCUUUAAGUUUUCUCAUUUAUUUUAUAUCUGCACUCUUUGGGUACCUCACUUUUUAUGACAGUGUGGCGUCAGAAUUACUACAAGGUUAUAGUAAAUACUUGCCACAUGAUGUUGUCGUCAUGACUGUGAAGUUAUGCAUACUAUUUGCUGUGCUUUUGACAGUCCCUCUAAUCCACUUCCCUGCAAGGAAAGCUUUAAUGAUGAUGUUUUUCUCCAAUUUUCCAUUCUCAUGGAUUCGCCAUUCUUUGAUCACUAUAGCUUUCAAUAUUAUCAUUGUUUUACUUGCAAUAUAUGUUCCUGACAUUAGGAACGUACUUGGUGUAGUUGGUUCCAGUACAUCAACGUGUUUGAUUUUUGUGUUCCCGGGACUGUUUUAUCUUAAAAUGAGCAGAGAGGAUUUUCUCUCAUGGAAAAAGUUUGGGGCGUUCGUUUUGCUCAUCUUUGGUAUUUUGGUUGGUAAUUUUAGUUUAGCACUCAUUACUUUUAAUUGGAUUAAUAAGUGAAAGAAAUAUUUUCCCACGUCUUUUGCUGAAUAAUUUACCUCCAAAUGCAAAAAGGAAUUAUUCUGGAAGGCACCUUGGAUGAA